AUGACAUCAUCCGUCUGGGUCCAGACGAGACGCAGCCUGUCGCUGCACCCUUUCGCUGACGUCAACACCGACCGGCUUGUCAUUUCAGUGUUGGUGUUCAAGAGGCAGCGUGUCAACAUGGCAGGGACAGCUGUCCUUGUGGCAAAGUUGGUCGGCCUUUGGAAGAUCACUUUUAUAAGCAAAAAUUUCCAUUGGCUUUUUCUAGGCAUUUCAGUACUGGGAUCUAUACUCAAGUACGUGAAUGUCGUUCCGAAGACAUACUUCAGCGACAGCACAAAUAUCCUGAAUGUAUAUUUUGUCAAGGUAUCCUGGGGAUGGACUCUGUUGCUGUUGGGUCCAUUCCUCUUCUUUUUUUACAAAAAGGAUAAGUACAUUAUCUUCCAGAGGUUGAUUUCACUGAUGGUUGCAACCAUUAUCUGGUAUGCUUGUACUGAGACCUUCAACUACAUCGAGGAGAUCACUGGCACCUGUGAUGAAUCUGCUCCCAUGGAGGACUUUCAUGAACCGUACACCACCAAAGGUAGUUGCAGGAAGGCUGGCUUCCUCUGGCAUGGUUUUGACAUCUCUGGGCACUGCUUCAUCCUGGCAUACUCUGCGCUCAUCAUUAAAGAGGAGAUUGCACCCAUGGAUGUAAAGAAACCUCACAGCAUCCUCAUUGAUGUACUAUUCAUUUCCCUAAAUGCUAUUGUAAUGAUCUGGAUCUGGAUGUUCAUUUGCACCUCUGUGUAUUUCCAUGAUCUACUUCAUAAGGUCUUUGGGACCCUGUGUGGGAUACUGUGUUGGUACCUGACGUAUAAGGUCUGGUACCCAAAGCCAUUUUCCCCUGGACUCCCACGUAAAAUAAAGAAACAAUCAGUCUAAACUUGUGAACAUAUCUUGAACACAACAUGGUUGUAAUGUUAAUUUUGUCCUCAUUACACAUGCUUGAAAAUAUGUAUUUUUCUGGGUCCAAGUUGACCGUGCUAUUUUAAGUGUUCUUUCCUACAGAAAGGUCAUUUUCAAAAGGGGCAGCUGGUGUUCUUAAAAUGACACUGGGUAAUCUGAGACAAAUUGCAGAACAUGGGACUAUGGGCCUAUGUAUUCAGCUAGUAGAGUCCGAAACAAAUUCUUUUGUUCAUUCUUCCAUUGCCAUGUUGAUGAUUUUAUGUUCAUUCACGUGAGAUAUAUAAUCUAUGCCUUUUUUAGAUUAAUGGGAACACACAGGCAUGUUUUGAUGUACUACUGUAUUUAUGGUAAUUUAUUUUGAAUGUGCUUUGCUAAAAGAUAUUACAAAAGAGUGGUGAUGCACCUGAUUUGUUCUCAUCAUUUGCAAAUGAAUAACUUCACUGUAUUUUCCACAACCAUCUGGAAAUAACAGGAUUAGACAUGUCAUUGAGCUAACAUUGUAAUGCCUGCUGUUUGAUGAACUUCAUGCACAAUGAUUUCAUGGAAUAUUUAGAAUUUAGAAAUUAUAUUUUGUUCAGGUCCAAGGUAGUCUCAGCCAAGUGCUCAUAUUUUCUGCAUAAUUCACCGUAUUUCAUAUGAAUUCAUUUUAAUAUGAUUAUUUUCCUUAUGGUAGGUUGAAACACUUGAAUAAAAUCCUUUUUCAAGGUA